GGAUGGGAGGAAGCACUCCGGCUGUGUAAUUGCAGUCUUUCCAGAGCAUGCUGCUGAGCUCUUUUCCUCCCUUCCCUCCUGCUCUCGCAAGCCUGAAAUCUUCUGAAUAAUUCAUAGAGUACAAGCACCAAAUUUUCUCCGGCUGAUGUACAUCGUGUGCUCUUUAGAGCACUAGAAGAAGCCCUGAGUUUUCAGAUGAGGUGUUUAGUGCUCUUGAGGCUGUUCAUCACCCGUUAUUUGCCCAGGUAACCAUCCUUUCUUCUCUCUCAUCUGCUUGCUUGCUUCUCUUUGGGCACUAGAUGCUCUUGCCUAUCUUGUGAACUUGAUUCCGACCAUGGACAUCUGUCAAAUUGCGUUCUCCAUAUGCUGCUGGCACUAUCUUCUGUUUGCCUGGCUUUCUAACGCUCGCCUGAGAUCACGAUGGCUGCAUCCUCUCAACUAUGCCUGCUCUCGUUUCACGUUCUGAAGAAGUGCCAUAUAUUUUUGGCAACAACUGACUUCAAGAUUCAGCAUAUACUAACGUGAGGGGGAAAGUUUUAUUGCCUGUCUUAAGAUAUUGCUGUCUCUGUUCUCAGCAUGCUUUGAAUCUUUCCCAUUAUCUGCGUUUGCCCUUGUUGGGUUAUGCAUGGUGCACAUAUAUAUCUUGACUUCUUCAUGACUCGGCUUAACCACCUCCAGUGAUGAGAUUCGUCUAGAGGUAGAGGUGCAAAAGCACUGGAUUUAUGCUCUACGGCAUGCUCAACUCCUCUUCCUCCUGGAGCUCAAGCUCUUUGCAUCUGCUGCUUUGUGAAGAAGACUCCCUUAGCUCCAGGAUCUCUUUGUCUCUUCUGUAUGUACUUCUGGCUAUCUGUGGCACUUUAUCCAACAUCACAGUCAUUUAUCUGGUCUUUACCUUCAGGAAGCUGCGCACCACAAGCAAUGCUUUCAUUGUGAAUGGCUGCAUUGCUGAUCUAUGUGUGUGUGGACUUUGGAUGCCACAGGAAGCGGUGCAAGGGUUGCUACCUCCAGGCUCUGUUACGGCUCACUCAGAAGGGUACCACUUGCUCCGAGUUGGGCUUGUAGGCCUGGGACUCAUUGUCUCACUGCUUUCUCACCUCUUGGUGGCCCUCAACCGAUACGUCCUCAUCACCAAGCCUCCAAUCACAUACCAGGCUCUUUACCAGCAGAAGCACACCGCCUGGAUGAUCGGCCUGUCAUGGGGGUGUGCCCUGCUCCUCGCCUUCAUCCCAUCCGGACUGCAAACAUGGCACCAUGACCAUCAGGGGUCCAGAAUCACUACUAGUGGAAACAGCUCCAAUUACACAGGCCUGAUGGUCGCCCUAGCUCUACUAAGCCAGACGGUUGUGCAGCUGCACUGCUACAUGGGGAUUGUAAGGAGGGUGCGAGGCAGUGUCAAACGGGUCAGUGUCCUCAACUUCCAUCUGCUUCAGCAGCUACCCUUCCCAGCUGCAUCACAAGUGCCACGCCGAACACAGCGGCGCUUGAGCAGCAUCUCUGUGCUGCUUCUCUGCCUUGUGUUUCUCCUGGCUACCCAGCCCCUGGUGUGGGUCAGCCUUCUAGGCUUUUUCUUCCAGCCCAUUCCUCGGGGAAUACAGCUAGCCAGCUGGCUACUCAUUUGCUCCCUGUCUGCCUUCAAUCCGCUGCUGUAUACAUGGAAGAAUGAGGAAUUCCGACGCUGCAUGCGUUUAGUUCUACCUGGAGGAGAAACUGCAGUGGUGGCAGCAGAUACUCUGCCCCUCCCUACAGUCUCUCUUCCACCUCAGGAACCAUCUCAGCAGGGCACAAAGAUGAAGAGCAUGGGCAGCUUGGUACUUCAGUGACCCAACCUGGGGAAACUUGUGCAUGUUAAGAGAAAAGGUGCUGAGAGACAUUUGGAAUGCCUCUGACUGGGAGUGACUCACUAAAAUGCUCUCUAUAGCUCCCUGAAGAGAGACAUCAAUUGCUGCCAUAGCAACACUUGUCAGCUUAAAAUUUAUAUAUAUAUAAAUUUUGUAUCAAAUCAGUUUUCUACUUAAUGGAAUUUUACAGUGGUUUAAUAUUGUCAAGCUGAAAGCACAUUAUAUACCUCAAUUUGCCUGUCAGUGUCUUAACUUUUGUCUGAAAUUCUGCAUUCCUUUCUGGCUCACAGAAGUGCCAAUAGAGACCAACUUGUAAGGGUAGGACUGCUGCAGCUCAGUAGUAGAGGGCAUGGUUGGUAUGUGUAAGGUCCAAAAGGCUGGGAAGACCCUCUACCUGAGACCUUGAAAAGUUGCUGCAAUUCAGAGCCAAGUUAAGUUCCUCUCCAUUUGUUUCUUUCUCU